AUGGCCCGUGCCGCACGCGAGCGCCACCGCGAAGAUGAGCCUCUGAACCGCGAACCGUCCCCGGAACCCGAAGACAAGCUCAAAGACGCAACCACGCUAUACGUCGGCAACCUCUCCUUCUACACCACCGAAGAGCAGAUCCACGAGCUAUUUAGCAAAUGCGGCGAAAUCAAGCGUCUAGUCAUGGGUCUCGAUCGGUUCCAGAAGACGCCGUGUGGCUUCUGCUUCGUCGAGUACUACACCCAUCAGGAUGCGCUGGACUGCAUGAAGUACAUUGGCGGUACUAAGCUGGAUGAGCGCGUCAUCAGGACGGAUCUGGACGAGGGAUUCGCCGAGGGACGACAGUAUGGGCGUGGAAAGAGCGGUGGGCAGGUCAGGGAUGAGUACAGGAACGAGUAUGAUCCGGGUCGGGGUGGCUAUGGAAAGGCGUAUGCGGAUGAGUACAACGACUAG